UUGCGCACUUGGGUACCUUCACUUCCGGGCGUCAAGACUGCACAGCUGCCGCCGAAUUUAAAGAGAUAAGGAAUAGUUAUUUAAAAUAACACCUCGUACUGCUGUUGUCUAUAACCAUUUGUGUUAAGACUGCAAAAUCAUAUACUUUUACAUCUGUUAGUGCCUUAGUGGCAUAACGAAAUUUGCUUGCUAUAUUACUUGGUGGAGAUCUUUUUUCUUUUGCUGGCUAGCGAGCUAGCUAGCCAUUCAGUGAGUAAAUGAUGGAAGCUAGCUUUAGCGAUACGUAGCUAGCUUGCCACCCGACGAAGAACUGAUUUGUCGACUGCUUUAUAGAUAAAUAAAGCGUCAAAAGAGCCUGGAAAGCAAUCGAAUACUAUAUCAGUAGCAACCUACUGAACACAAUGGCUAAAAUUCAGGCACACAGCAACGCGAAGCAAAUAAACCAAAUUCAGGACAAAGCCUAUGUUGUACAAAAGCAAGUACAACAACAGCACUUUCAAAAACUGAAGGUCGAAGAUGCCUUGUCAUAUCUUGAUCAAGUCAAAAUACGGUUCGGAAAUGACCCGGGGAUUUAUAACAAAUUCCUGGAUAUCAUGAAAGAAUUCAAGUCUCAAAGCAUUGAUACCCCGGGAGUAAUAAACCGAGUGUCUCAGCUUUUCCACGGACACCCCGAUCUGGUGUUGGGAUUUAAUGCCUUCUUGCCCCCUGGCUACCGAAUAGAGAUUCCCAAGAAUGGCCUGGUGUUCCUGCAGUCCCCUUUUUCUGCACAAAAUGCAGCGGGGCAGAGUAAGGCUGUGGUGGGCACAACGGCGCCUGUCCGUUCAUCUGCGUCCACGGCGACGGAAGGCGGCCCCGUGCCGAGCGAGUCCAUGGCGUCGCCCGAGAGCAUAUCCUCCUCCUCUGCCUCAGGGGCGGGGCCAGAGUCCUCCUCCAGACUCUCCCUUCCCCUCCCCAGCCGAGAGAGCCACGCCCAGCCCUCGGCUGGCUCCUCCCCCGCCUCCGAGCCCAGCCCCGUGGAGUUUGACAGUGCCAUCAGCUACGUCAACAAGAUCAAGAACCGCUUCCUGGACCACCCCGAGACCUACAGGUCCUUUCUGGAGAUACUGCACACUUACCAGAAGGAGCAGCUGGAGAUCAAGGAGAGCAGGGCCCGCGGCAGCGCUGGGAUGACCGAGGACGAGGUCUUCUCCAAGGUGGCCAGCCUCUUCAAAGGACAGGAGGACCUCCUGGCAGAGUUCGGACAGUUCUUGCCAGACGCCAAGAGAUCCCUGUUUACCAGCAGCUCCCUUACGGGAAAAGACCACCUUAAAAAGGCGGAGGAAGAGGACCUGAGCAAGCAGAGCAAGAAGAGACCCAGGCCCAUGCUGCUCCCGCACAUGACACCCCUGCUGAAGAAAAAGAUGAAAUAUUCCUGUGCAAAAGACCAAUCGUUUGCUUCAGUCGGGAAGCAUGGGGUUCUGCGAGAGUUCUCGUUCUUUGAUAAGGUGCGGCGUCUCUUUAAGAGUCAGGAGGUCUAUGAGAACUUCCUGCGCUGCAUCGCACUCUUCAACCAGGAGGUGGUCUCUGCCGCCGAGCUUCUCCAGCUGGUCAGCCCCUUCUUGGGGAAGUUCCCAGAGCUCUACACCCAGUUCAAGUCCUUCCUGGGUGAGAAGGAGCUGUCCCACGCCACGUCGGGUCUCGCUGACCGCUACAUGGAGGGCGGGGGCCGAGAGGUGGACUACGCGUCCUGCAAGCGCCUGGGGUCCAGCUACAGGGCCCUGCCCAAGACCUACCAGCAGCCCAAGUGCAGCGGACGCACCGCCAUCUGCAAAGAGGUGCUGAAUGACACCUGGGUGUCCUUCCCCUCCUGGUCGGAGGACUCCACGUUUGUCAGCUCCAAGAAGACCCCCUACGAGGAGCAGCUUCAUCGCUGUGAGGACGAGCGGUUUGAGCUGGACGUGGUGCUGGAGACUAACCUGGCCACCAUCCGCGUCCUGGAGAGUGUGCAGAAGAAGCUGGCGCGCAUGUCGCCCGAGGACCAGGAGCGCUUCCGGCUGGACGACUGCCUGGGCGGCACCUCCGAGGUCAUCCAGCGCCGCGCCGUCUACCGUAUCUACGGCGACAAGGCGCCCGAGAUCAUCGAGGGGUUGAAGAGGAGUCCAGCCACCGCUGUGCCUGUGGUGCUGAAGAGACUGAAAGCGAAGGAGGAUGAGUGGCGCGAGGCCCAGCAGGGCUUUAACAAGAUCUGGCGCGAGCAGUACGAGAAGGCCUACCUCAAAUCGCUGGACCACCAGGGGGUCAACUUCAAGCAGAAUGACAUGAAGGCCCUGCGCUCCAAAAGCCUGCUCAAUGAGAUCGAGACCAUCUAUGAUGAGCGUCAGGAGCAGAGUACAGAGGAGGGGGGUGUCGGUCAGCAGAGGGACGGAGGCGGUGGCGGCUCUUCGUCCAGCGAGCCCCACAUGGUGUUCGGCUACGAGGACAAGCAGAUCCUGGAGGACGCGGCCGCGCUCAUCAUCUACCACGUGAAGCGCCAGCCCACCAUCCACAAGGACGACAAGGACCACAUCAAGCGCAUCAUGCAGCACUUCCUGCCCGACCUGUUCUUCGCCCGCCGCGGAGAGCUCAGCGAGACCGAGGACUGGACGGACGAGGAGAACGAGGCCGAGGAAGCGAGCGGCGAGCGAGCCGGCGGCACCGUGGGAGGAGGAGGAGGAGGGAGCGACUCUGGAGCAGCGCAUCCUCCCGGCGCGGGGGUGCAGCAGCAGCUGAACGGAGACUCGCGGAGACGCCGCUGCACUUCACCGCCGAGCUCCACCAGCACGGAGACGUCCACCAGCGCCACCACGCCGCACGCCGCGUCCACCUCGCACCACGCGGGGCCCGGCGAGGCCAGCGGCGGAACCGGAGAGAAGCUGGACCUGCGGGACCCCGAGGCCGAGCACCAGAAGGAGAUGGACGGCGUGUACAACCUGUUCUUCGUCAACAACAACUGGUACUUCUUCCUGCGGCUGCACCAGACGCUGUGCUCGCGGCUGCUCCGCGUCUACCGGCAGGCCGAGCGGCAACUGCUAGAGCACCGCGCCGACCAGAGCCACCAGAGGAUGCUCAUGGCCGAGGGGUGGAGGGACAAGCCCAGCGACCUCGCCAUGGAGCUGCGCCUCAAGCAGCCCAGUGAGGUGGAGCUGGAGGAGUACUACCCGGCGUUCCUGGACAUGGUGCGCAGCCUGCUGGACGGCAACCUGGAGUCGACGCAGUACGAGGACACGCUGCGGGAGAUGUUCACCAUCCACGCCUACAUCGGCUUCACCGUCGACAAGCUCAUCCAGAACAUCGUCAGACAGCUCCAGCACCUGGUGAGCGACGAGGUGUGUCUGCAGGUGGCGGAGCUGUACCUGGCGGAGCGUAAACGCGGUGCUGCCGGGGGCAACCUCUCGUCACAGUGCGUACGCGCUGCCUGGGAGACCAGCUACCAGUGGAAGGCCGAGAGAGUCAUGGCCGAGGAGAACUGCUUCAAGGUGAUGUUCAUCCAGAAUAAGGGAGAAGUGACCCUGGCCAUCGAGCUGCUGGACACAGAGGAGGCGCAGGCGGACGACCCCCUGGAUGUGCAGAGCCUGUCCAGCUACAUGGAGCAGCUUGUGGGCAGCGAGUCGUCGGCCCUCUGCGCUCAGGGCGAGGGCUGCUACUUCAAACCAGUCUUCCUGCCCAGGAACCUGCGCCACUUCCGCCACUGGCAGGUGCGCCAGGUGGAGGCCAUGCGCUGUCGGAGAGAGUGGCAUCGCCAGCUGGCCGUGGAAAGUGCCGGAAGCCUGGACUGCCGCUUCAAACUCAACACACACAAGAUGGUGUUCGUCAUGAACUCGGAAGACUACAUGUACCGGAGAGGAGCACUGGUGAAGGCCAGGAAGUCUCAGCACCAGGUGGCGUGCGGGCAGCACGAGCGGUUCCGGAGGUGGCAUCAGGGCUGGCUGGGCGAACACGUGAGUGCAGCGGGGGAGCGGGCGGUGACCCACUGGCUCAUGGGAGAGGAGGAGGAGGACAUGCUGCCCUGCAAGACCACUUGCGUGGCCACGCACCUCAAGGGCCUGCCCGUCAACAGGUACCAGGUGCUCUACAGCAGCAAGCCGCCAGCCUCGCCCUAGACCAGGCCCCCCACCCUGUGUGUGUGUGUGUGUGUGUGUGUGUGUGAGGGGUCUGGCUUCACCUGCGUCACAUGCCUCCCCUUUCCCCGGAUGGAGAUUCUCUAAGGGACUGAUCCACAGCCUGAAGACAUUGAGAACAUUUAGAGAACAUUUCGAGAACACCCUUAGUGCCCGCCGUGGACUCGGUCCUGAUUCCGCGGUGGACUCGAAAGCCGGUCCUGAUUCCGUGGUGGACUCGAAAGCCGGUCCGGAUUCCUGCGACUACGUUGCCUCACUCUCAAGACGGUUGUUGCACAGCCAAGUGACGAGUAAAUAAAAAACUAAAAAGAACAGAUGAGAUGAAGCUGAAUGAUGAACAAAUGAAUGGGUUAAAUGUUUGUUAGUUAGUUUGUUUGUUUGUUUGUUUGUUUGUUUUGGGGAAAAUGUAUGUAUCUUUUUUCUUUUCUUUUUUUUUUUGCAAGUCAGUCUUGAGUUUUUAGUUCUGUGAAACACGAGGGCCUUUGGUUGGUGUGAGUUUAUUCUGCAGGACUGAGACAGCAGUGAAGUGGCCUCUCGUGCACGCAGUGUCCAACAUGGCUCUCAGCGUAUGUACAUGUCCACACACCGUGCAUAUUCUUUAUGCAUCUCUCUUUUUACAUAUGCAUCCAUUUGACUACAUGAAUGAAACCUAGAAAUGAAUUUGUUCUCCUUUUGUCCUCUGGCAGCCAACUCCCAAUGUCUUUGUUUGAGUAUUUUUAUUUUUCAUUUCUUUCUAAGCAUACUUUUUAAACUCAUCGGUGACUAACCCCGUCAGUAGAUUGUCAGUGCCGUCUUGUGACACGUCUCUACGGUCUACUCUCGUUUCCUUUGCUUUGGAAAUCAUGCAUCCUAUGAAUCCUCCACAUCAUCGCUUUUACAUGUUAAAAUGGAAAGGCCGAAAUAUCAGUGUUUAAAUACAAUGUAUAACAUUUAUUCUGUAUCAAGUAUCCUGAAAUAAACAACCUAGUUGUGAACUUCUUA